UACAACGCGUUGACAGUGACACAGCGAUCAUGGAUCAUGUCUAGCACGUCUACUAGUAGCAACAUUGCGCUAAAUGAAUGAAAUCAUUACGAUAACACGAUUAGUAUCUAGGUAACCCUUGGGUUUCUUCAUGAGUGAUAAAGUGUGAAGUAAUCUUGUUCCGAUAAUACAAUUCCCCUUUGGUAUGACCCUCUCAAAAGUUUUGUCGAGAUGCCUCCGAAGGCAACCCACCGUCCAAGAUGAAUUCACAUAUACGUAUUUUUGUAAUAAUGUCUAAAUGAAGAAUCCCAGUUGCAGAAGCAAAAUUUCAAAAAUAAUUCCUUCGCACAAGAAUUAUGAGUAGCUCUCUUCGCGAGAGUGAACCACCUCCGGGCCCCACAACCUCGAAAUUUCUUGACUCUUCUCCACCUGAAAGUUUCGGCCUUGGCGAUCAAUUUAAUGCUUCCGAUGCAAACUCACUGACUUCAGUUGUGAGCGAAACUGCUGACAAAAGUUUACGACAAGACGAGUCUUAUUUUUCAACCCCUCCGAGGUGCAAAUCGAAAUAUACGGGGUCACGUUGGAAGCAGGAGAGGACCGCGGCGUGGCUGGCAGAUAUCCACCUUCUUUCCCUCCCAAAAUAUCUGCUUCCCAUCGGGAUUGUCCUCCUCGCCAUGGGAUUAGCCAUCCUUCUAGUUUUCCCUCCGAUUCCCACGGUCACAAUCCCAUACACGUUUUGCAACUCUACAGAACAUCCGAAUACGACUUGUGCAGACAAAAUAAAGGAAAAUCCCGAACUUAAAUGCACAUGUCGCAAAUCUCAUGAGCUUCGGAAUGAUUUUGUUGGAACUGUGUACAUGGAUUACGAACUUGUUAAAUUUCAUCAAAACCAGCGAGAUUACAUUCUAUCCGUGGAUGAUGAGCAAUUACAAGGGCACAUCUUUGACAAACAAUGUCAUGCAAUUACUCCCAGCAGCAUGUGCAGACCAAACCGAUUAAACAAAUCUCGUCCCAUCUACCCCUGUGGAAGGUACGCCAACUCAUUAUUUUCCGACGACAUACAAAUGUGGGCACCAGACGAGAAACUUAUGGGUUGGAAACUAGCCCACGCAUCAGGAAAGGCACGCAUGAAAGACCUCAUGUACAUUCCUCCCUUGAAUAAAUCUUCUAAGUGCAAGCUAGCAGACUUGCAAAAGCAAUUUAGCAAACCUAUGAAAUGGUCAGUAGCAUUUUGGGAUAAAUUCAUCAAAGAAGGAGGUGUCAGAUCUGAAAGAUUUAUCCAAUGGAUGCGUCCAGCAGCGUUCUCCACGUUCAAAAUUCCAUACGCAUAUUACGAAGGUUCCAAUAUGUCGUGCAACCACAAUUCCUCGUCCACGCAGGGGAAAAAGGGGAUCUGUAGAGGAAACUAUACAUUCGAAAUUCAAUACCGCUUCGACGCCGCGUCCUACAAUGGGAGUAAGAACAUUGUUUUAAUUCAACGUUCCAUCAUAGACGAUGUCAAUCACUUUCUCUGCAAAAUGUCAAUAUCCGUUGGAGCAAUUGCGACUUGUUUUAGCCUCAUUGCGUUAAUUUUCCAGUGUCGAGAGAAUGCUGCUGCCAAAAAGACUGAGCAAAAAAGUCGAAAUCUUCAGAAAAGUUUACUUUCACUUGUUCCGCUAAUUCCGCCACCACCACAGGAAAGGGCUAAGAAUAUGAGUCCACUUCCUCCCACGGAAGGAAAUGUAGGCGCAACGGAAAGUCAAGUAACUCCAACAUCCAUCUUUUUUAGAUAAGUGUUACGGUGACAAAAAUUUGAACGACAUUGGAAGAAAUGACUAUGAACCCUUUGUGGUUAUCAAUGACAUGGGAUAUCAGUAGUAUUUGAAAAUCGCCCACAAUAAAUUAACUAUAGGACCCGAACGAA